AUGGCUUGUAAUUGUUCAAGCAUUAAGCCGUGUAUACCUUGUGUUGCAUGUUCAGGAAUGGGUGGAUUAUCGACAUUUAAGAGGAAUGAAAAUUUCCGUGUUUCUUCAGCUCUUGAUGAGUUUGACGAUGUUUGUGGACCUGAACGUGGAUUUAAGCUUAAAGAUCCAUCAAGAUCUAGAGAUUGUAAGAUUCAUGUUGAAGAGACUGUUCGAGAACCAGAUCCGUAUCAUCCAAAGGUCAUGAGCAUGCUUAGAGAAUCGAAAGAUUCAUCCUUGAAACCUCCAUCAAGUGCAGUACUUCAACGGCCACUUCCUGAAGAUUAUGGUAUUCAAACAAAUCCACUUGGACUACCAGCAGAAAAGCCACAAUGCUAUUUGCCACAAGAAAAUGAUGAUCAUGUCAUUGUCCCAUCAGCACAAGCUCAAAUGAUGCAAAUCGGACCGUGGGCUACAGGAAGAGUUGAUUGGAGUCCAUUAGGUGGAUUGACUGGUACACGUCCUGUUGUUGAUUCAUAUUCGAUAACAAGAUUCAGCACCAAUGAAUGGAGAAGGAGGAAUUAUGAUACAUUGAAGGCUGCAAAUGAUGCGAUUGCAAAAAGUAUUGUGGUCGAGAACUCAGCCAAAAACUCCAUAAUGAGAUCAUAUGAAGUCACUGAGCAUAAUCAGUCUGAUAAUUCUAAAAGACUUCAAAAUCGAGCUCGUGACAUCGAUGACUGGAAGCAGUGUCUUGAAAGAGCAAUUCGUGCAAUGACUGAUGAAAUUUGCACAUUAGAGGAACAACGAAGACGUUUAAAGCAAGCAAUGAAUGUCUUGCAAAUGCCUGAAUCGAUUGUUACUGAAUGUAUUGAAACCAGAACUCGACGACCAGAUAACGAGAUUGUGAGAGAUGAGCCUGAAGAGGAACUGAUAAAAGAAAAAGCAUUAAUAUCUGAAAUUCGUUUGCUGUUCAUUAAAACAUUGUCUGAAAUUGAGGCACAGCUGCGAGAAAAUCGGACAAAUAAGGAUCGAAUGGAAUUUGAUUGGAGUGACAAGAAAGAUGCUCAUGAAAAUGACUCCAGAAAUUGCCAAUUGGGCAACAAAUCACUGGCAAUAAUGUUUAAAGCAGGAGCAACCAGAUUUCCUGCUGAUCAAUCCACUGAAAUUUAUUGGGAACAAUACACAGUCGAUAACUUAAAUUCAGCUGAAUAUUGUCGUAAAAAGUCAAUUCAUCUACGAUCAACUCUUGAUUCAAUUCUGAUGAAUUCUGCUAGAGAUUUGAGAACACAAGCAGACAAUUGUGACAAGGCACUUCACAACAGGAUCAUCUGCAUGGAUGAAAUACGUCAACGUCUUGAAAAUGAACUCCGAACUUGUCUUCGUCGUUUGGCUGACACAGAAAUUCAGAUUGAAAAGCUUCAAGUUGCUAUUCGUAAUAUGGACUAUCCAAUGAAAGUCUCACAAACAAGACUUGAUAAUCGUCAUCAACGUCCAAGAGUUGAAAAUUGCAGAGAUGAAUCGCAAUUUGCUUUGAUUGGUGAAGUCAAGUCAAUCAAUGAUUCCAUUUCUAUUCUUAAUGAGGAAUUAAAGAACUCUCAAGAGAUGAAGAAGCAAUUGAUGAUUGAACGUGGCAAUUUGGAACGUGAGAUCAUGCUUAAAAGAAGAACAAUUAAUAUUGACCGCGAAAGGAUUCAGUUGAUUAGAACUUCUUUUCCAAGCACAACUGCUUUGACUGGAUAUUAG